UAUCUGGAAUGCGACAAAAAAGUUAUACCAGGAAGUCGUUUACAUGAUAAUCUGCAAAAGAGUCUACUUAAGAUUAAAAAAAGAGUUAUGUUAACAUGGUCCUUCUUCGUAACACUUGCCAUAGCGUACGCAGCGCUACCUUUACUUUUACCGGGAAGACAUUUUCCAGAGGACUUGUUUGUUGUUUAUGGACUGGAACCUAUGACUGAAACUCCUAACUACGAAAUAGCACUGACCUCAGAGUUAUUAAUAAUCUUGGUGUGUAAUUAUACCUUAGCAGAUGUUAGUGCAUUUAUUAUCAUAGUAAUCGGAUAUAUCGAAGCUCAAAUGAUUGCCCUCAGUGGCGAAAUGCUGAACGUUUGGGAUGAUGCUGAAAAACAUUAUAAUAAUACUAACCAAUCAAUAUUGAUGGUUUCCAAGACACAAAAAGAUUAUUUGAGAACAAAAAUUAUUAAUGAACACGUAGCGGAUCAACUAAAACAAAUUAUAACUUUUCAUACAACUAAUAUAAAUCUUCUAAAUGACUUCGAGAGUAUAUUCAGAGUCACCAUGGCCGUUGAAUUUGGAUUUAUCAUUAUUGGUAUAGUUGCAGUACUACUGGGGCGUAUAGAAAAUACUUUUAUGGAACUGCCUUACACGUUUAUUCAACUGUUCGUCAGUUGUUUAAUAGGUCAAAAAAUGAUCAACGCCAGUAACGUUUUCGAGAAUGCUGUAUACAGUUGCAAAUGGGAGAAUUUCGAUAACUCGAAUAUGAAAAUUGUUUUAGUUAUACUACAAAAUGCACAAAAACCGUUGAAACUCACUGCUGGAGGAUUAACCACGCUAGACUUCGUCUGUCUAAUGUCUGUAGUCAAAUCCACGUUCUCAUUUUAUACGACACUGAAAUCGAUGAUGAAGCUCUCCCUCGGUAAAUUUGGACUGAAUCAUUGCGACUUGCCGACGUUGUUCUCCAAUGUCGCAUUUUUCUUACGCUUCAUAACCAUCAACAUCGAUAGACACUAUAAAAAACGUAUACCAUUCGUGAACUACGUAAUCGUGACCAUAGCUGCGGUGUGCUAUAUCUACAUAUAUGUUUUCUCCAUGUUCUGGUUCGUGUUCGUCCGCUGCAGGCAGACGGGCGAUUUCAUAGCGGCAGCUGUGGUCUUCUCACUCGGAACUAAUAGCGAGACUUACGCCACAAAGAUGAUAUUCAUGAUCAUUUACAAGAAAACAGUACAAGACAUAGUACAAAGAUAUCUGGCAUGUGACAAGCAAGUGGAAAAAGGAACUCGAUUCCAUGAUAACUUGCAAAAGAGACUUAUUAAAAUUAAAAAAAGAACAAUGGCAGUAUCGGUUUUCUUAAUAGUGAUGGGCAUAUCAUACUCUAUACAACCUAUUCUAUUACCAGGGAGACAUUUUGCAGAGGACUUGUAUGUUGUUUAUGGCUUGGAACCAAUGUUUGAAUCUCCUAACUAUGAAAUAGCAUUAAUUUCGGAGACGAUAACGAUCAUCGUGGGCACUUACACCUUAGCCGGUAUCACUGCAUUUAUUCUAAUUAUAAUUGGAUAUAUCGAAGCUCAAAUGCUUGCUCUUAGCGACGAAAUGCUUAACCUUUGGGAUGAUGCUGAAAAACAUUACAAUAAUUCAAAAAGAUCAAUCGCAUAUAACUCAACGAUACAAGAAGAGGAGUUAAAAUUGAAAAUAAUUAAUGAGCACAUUGCAAAUCGCUUAAAACAAAUUAUACCUUUUCAUAUAUCAAAUAUCAAUCUACUGAAUGAAUUCGAAACACUGUUUAGAAUUACCAUGGCAGUGGAAUUUGGGCUUAUAAUUAUUGGUACAGUUGCAGAAUUACUAGGGCGUAUUGAGAACACUUUUAUGGAACUACCAUACACGUUGAUUCAAAUGUAUGUCGACUGUUUUAUAGGCCAAAGGUUGAUCGAUGCGAGUUUUGUUUUCGAAAGAGCUGUUUAUGAUUGCAAAUGGGAGAAUUUUAAUAAAUCAAAUCUAAAGACAAUUCUGUUGAUACUUCAAAAUGCACAGAAACCGCUAAAGCUCACUGCUGGAGGACUAACCACGCUAGACUUCGUGUCUCUAAUGUCUGUAAUAAAAUUCACGUACUCAUUUUACACGACGCUGCAAUCAUGUGUUGGUUAA